UUAUGUUUAUUUCAAGUGUCUAUGCCUGGAAAUAAAUAAAAAGAUAUUUUAAAAUGAGAAGUAAUGCUAAACUUAAGACCUUAAUUGUUGCUAUUUCAGUCUUAUUGAUGAUUUUAAAUCAAAGAUUUUUAAUUGGCAAUUGUUCAUCCAUUAUGGAAUGCAUUUAUAUAAAUGUAAAUUUGAAUUCAAUCUUAUACCCUUUGAUUUGUAAUACAUUUUUAUUCUUGGGUCCAAUAUACAAUUCAAUUUUGGAGAAAUAUCUCAAAAAUGAAGGAUUUGUAAAUAAAUUUAAUGAAAAUCCGUUUAAAGAUGAUAGAAUGUUAAUAAGAAUAGUAUUGGUAUAAUAAUUUUGUUAAUAAUAAAGGCUCCACUUUUAGAAGAGAUUACAUUUAGAGCAUUAUUUUAUUAAAAUGCAGAAAAUUAGUAUUAAUAUCGUUUAUUAUCUUCAAUUUUAUUUUCGCUUGCUCAUUCACAUAAAUUCUUCUCAUUUUUUAAAAAAGAAAGAAAAUUUAGGAGUUUAUAUAAUUAUAAAGAAACAAAUAAAAUUUAAAAUUUUAAGACAUGUUUCACUAAAGCACUUUUAACAACCUGUAUUAAAAUCAUAGUUUAAUUUAAUAGUAUUUAUUUUAAUGUUCACAUUUAUAUUUGGAUUUUAUGCUGCAACAGUUUUUCUGAAGACUCGUUCAUUAAUUAGUGUAAUCUUGCUUCAUUCUUAUUGUAAUUAUUUAGGAUUUCCAAAACUUAAAUAGAUUUUUAGUAAUACAAAAGUAAAUAUUAUCAAAAGUAUUAAUUAAUUAUGUUAUUUUUAGUUUUGGUUGUUUAUUUUAUUGGAUUAGUGUUCUUCUAUUAUUUUAUAACUAUGUGAUUGAUUUUUUAUAUGAAAAAUAUGAUUCAUGUUUAUUUUUAAUUGGAGAAAAUAAUAAUAAAUUUUAUCCUUUAAUAUUAAUUUAACAUGGAAAUUGAGGAUUGGGAAAAAAGAUCUGAAAACACACCACUUAAAGUACACAUGAUUGGUAUUAAUUUAAGAAAAUUUUAAGCUGGUUGCUUAGCAGGAUUGAUUGAACAUAUAUCAAUGUUACCAUUGGAUAAUGUGAAAGUAUAGUAUUAACUAUAAAAUCUAGACUCAUCUUUAAGUACUCCCGGAUUCAAAGUUCUCGAAAACAUUUAUAUCAUUGAGGUAUAAACUAAACCAAAUUUUAGGAAAUAAGGAUUAAAGACAUUUUUUAAUGGAUAUGGAGCAGUAACAGCAGGUUGUAUGCCUGCUCAUGCAUUUUAUUUCAGUAGUUAUGAGGUAUAAGUAAAUAAGAUAUUUAAGAUUUUGAAAACUCUUCUUGAUGUUAAUGAUGAAAAUAUCCAUGCUUAUGCUUUUGCAUUUAUUGGAGCAGUAUCAACUUUAUGGCAUGAUCUAAUCAUGGUACCCUUUGAUGGUAUGGCUAUUAUUAAAUUUCAGUUAUAAAAUAAAGAUAGCAAAUCUAAGAGAAGUGUUUCAAAAAAACAGUGAAAACAGUCUUAAAGUAAGAAGGACUGAUCGCAUUUUAUCGAAGUUUUCCAAUUACUUAUGUAUUUUAAUUAACUAAAUUUAGUUAAUGUCUGCCCCUUAUUAAGCCAUAUUUUUUGCUGCCAAUGAAACUAUUAAGACUUUAAUGUUUAAGAAAUCAGAACAUAAUUUUAUUAGUCAUUUUUGUUGUGCAGCUAUGGCAGGAUGUGCAGCUGUUUGUGUUAUGAAUCCAUUAGAUGUUGUCAAAACCAAAUUUCAGACUUAGAGUUGGCAUCUAAACUCUUCCUUGGUGAAAUAUAGUACUUUCUUAGGAACCAUUAAAAUAAUUUUGAAAGAAGAGGGUUAUCUCGGUUUUUAUAAAGGAUUAUUACCAAGAUUAUGUAUGUAAACUAUGUCUGGAGCUACAGCAUGGGCAAGUUAUGAAUUCAUUAAAAGAAAAUUACUUCCUCUUUCAGUUGUUAAUUGAU